AGUCGCCCUCGGUGUUUACCCCCAACGAUCAUAAUAAUCAUGGCUGAGCAAGUGCUGCCCGAGAAGCCUGGUAGGCCUGGCUACUACAAGAUAGAGCUCAACAAGACUGUCUGGGAGAUCCCAGAGAAGUACCAGGAGCUCACAGCCAUUGGUGCUGGAGCCUACGGAUCUGUGUGCUCUGCCUUGGACACUGAGUAUGGUGUACGAGUGGCCUUGAAGAAACUUGCUAGACCGUUUCAGAACGCAGUAAUCGCUAAGAGAAGCUAUCGAGAGCUGCGAUACCUUAAGCACAUGAAGCAUGAGAAUAUCCUGGGUUUAUUGGAUGUAUUUAGUCCAGCAACGAACAUAAAAGAAUUCAAGGAUGUGUACUUUGUGACCCAUCUAAUGGGGUCAGACCUCAACAGCAUCAUACAGCAACGCUCACACACUGAGGACCAUGUGCAGUUCCUCAUCUAUCAGAUCCUAAGAGGACUUAAGUAUGUGCACUCUGCUGGUAUCAUCCAUCGUGACCUCAAGCCCUCCAACAUUGCAGUCAACAAGGAAACCUGUGAACUGAGAAUCCUUGACUUUGGUCUGGCUCGAGCUAAGGAUGAUGAGAUGACUGGAUAUGUGGCUACUCGACAUUGGAGGGCACCAGAGAUCAUGCUCAGUUGGAUGCACUAUGGUAUGAAAGUGGAUAUCUGGUCCGUUGGGUGCAUCAUGGCAGAGCUGCUGACUGGACAAGUGGUCUUCCCAGGAACAGAUCACAUUGACCAGCUGACGCGUAUCUUUGAGGUUAUUGGUACUCCUGACAUGGAGUUUUUGGACAAGAUUACCAGUGAUACAGCGAGGACGUUUAUUGAGACUAUGCCUACCUACGCUCGUAAGGACUUCAGCACAUACUUUGUUGGUAGCAGUGCGAGUGCUGUGGACCUGUUGGAGAAGCUGCUGCAUAUCGAUCCUGACCGUCGGCCGACUACAGAGGAGGCUUUGGCUCAUCCCUAUCUGGCCAGUUAUGCUGAUGUUGACGAUGAGGCACUGAGCCCUCCCUAUGACGAUGCAUUUGAGAGACGAGAGCUUGACCACAAUGGCUGGAAGAAGCUUGUCUAUGAGGAGGUGACGACCUUUGUACCUGACCCAUCUCUCUACCAAACUGAUAAUGAUUGAACGCUCAUGCAAGACUUAAUAAUUACAAAGUAGUUGAACACCUUUUCCAUUUUUAAUAAACUUAUUUUGACAUCAUGAAUUGUGUGUUAUGUUUCGAUAAUUAUUAUUGUUAACCAAUAA